AUGUCGGUUUUUCCGGUGGCGGAGCUUCCUGCCAACCUCUCGAGCGAGUGUGUCCAGGAGGCGCUCCAGCUGCGCUGCCACCGGCACGAAGAUGGGGACAGCUUGGUGUGCGCCAGGGCCGACGGUGGGAGCGGCGCCGCCGCCAUGCGCGCCGUCUUCAUGGCCGUGAUGGUGCUCACUGUGGGGUCGGCGCUCGUGCUGAACCUCGCCAUGGUGCUUACUGUGGUUCUCAACCGAAAACUGCACACGGUCAUCAACUACCUGAUCUCGAUUGGUUCCAUGACCAAUUUGCUGUGGACAGCAGUGCCGAUCAUAGAGGCAGGAGAGCGGGGUGCUUUGCACCCCUGGCUUUGUCACGCGCGCUUCGUCAUCUUGCAGAUUACCGCAGAUACCGACUUCACGUUGAUAGUAACUGUUACCUUUCUGCGCUAUCUUAUCGUGAUCCGGAAUCAGAGCUUUCCGGUAACGACGGAAAACAUACUGCUGCUCACGGCGGUCGCGAUCACACCGACGUUUGUCUCACACGUCGUUUUGAAUCAAUCGGCCUACGGCAAGUGCAGCGAAAAGAUCGCCUGGACGCCGGAAGACUACAGCAUAUCCUUAGUGCUCGAGCGGCAGCAGAAUUCUGCCGUGCUUGCCUUCGCCGUCACUAAAUACAUCAUCGGCUUCGUCAUUCUGAGCUUCUGCCACCGUCGUGACGUCGGACACGGCCCUGUCUCUUCGCUCGCCACCAUACCUGAGGUGGAGUCGGACCAGCUCCGGCUGCCAGAGCCAGAAACUGACGCGGCGGCAGACGGGCCCGGACUCAGGCCCCCGGCCCAGCCCCAGCUAGCUGCCAACCGGGGCCGGGUGGACAUCGUCGCCACCGUCUCCAUGGUGGCGUUCCUCGCCAUCUUUGUCGUCUCUUGCGCGCCGUACAUCGGUCUGAUCCUGGUCGUCAAGAGUCUGACGUGCGUGCUGAUGCCGCACGACCGUUUCCUGAUCUGGACCCUAGUGAUUGCAAGCGGGGGUGUCAAGGCCGUGCUCAACCCGCUGGUGUUCGUCGUCUUUAGCUGGGACUUCCGACAGGCGUUCCGUCAAACUUGUGUCAGGGUAGUGAGAAGCCUGACCUCUCGACGUUAG